UCGUGUGAUUUUACCUUUUCCGGGAGUCUCCAGCUGGCCCUGGUUUGUGUCAGGAGCGCAGUGUAGACAGGAGUUCUAAGUAGACUCAGUCUCACUAAGUUUCUUCUCUUUGGAAGUGGGGGAGGUUUUCCUGUUUUUUUUUUUUUUUUUUUUAAGGCAGUUUUAAUAGCUUUGAAUACUCUCUUAAGUGGCUAAACAUAGGAAGGGGAGAAAGAACACGUCGGUUGUUAAAGCAGGGGAGGAAGAGAUACCUGCCCUAUAGCGUAACUCCUCUAGAAAUUAAUAUAUACACAUCACAGUAUUUUAAUAAAUCCCUAAAAUGUCGAGAUAUGUACAAGAUCUUAGCAAAGCCAUGUCUCAGGAUGGUGCUUCUCAGUUCCAAGAAGUCAUUCGACAAGAGCUAGAAUUAUCUGUGAAGAAGGAACUGGAAAAAAUACUUACCACAGCGCCAUCACAUGAGUUUGAGCACACUAAAAAAGACCUUGAUGGAUUUCGGAAGCUAUUCCAUCGAUUUUUGCAAGAAAAGGGACCUUCUGUGGAUUGGGGGAAAAUCCAGAGACCUCCAGAAGAUUCGAUUCAGCCCUAUGAAAAGAUAAAGGCCAGAGGCUUACCUGAUAAUAUAUCUUCUGUACUAAAUAAGCUGGUGGUGGUGAAACUCAAUGGUGGUUUGGGAACCAGCAUGGGCUGCAAAGGUCCGAAAAGUCUGAUCGGUGUGAGGAAUGAGAAUACCUUUUUGGAUCUGACUGUUCAGCAAAUUGAACAUUUGAACAAAACCUACAAUACAGAUGUUCCUCUUGUUCUAAUGAACUCUUUUAACACGGAUGAAGAUACAAAAAAAAUACUACAGAAGUACAAUCAUUGUCGUGUGAAAAUCUACACUUUUAAUCAAAGCAGGUACCCGAGGAUUAAUAAGGAAUCUUUACUGCCUGUAGCAAAGGAUGUCUCGUACUCAGGGGAAAAUACAGAAGCUUGGUACCCUCCAGGUCACGGUGAUAUUUACGCCAGUUUCUACAACUCUGGUUUGCUUGACACCCUUAUAGGAGAAGGCAAAGAGUAUAUUUUUGUGUCCAACAUAGAUAAUCUGGGUGCCACUGUGGAUCUUUAUAUUCUUAAUCAUCUAAUGAACCCACCCAAUGGGAAACCCUGUGAAUUUGUCAUGGAAGUCACAAAUAAAACACGUGCAGAUGUAAAGGGUGGGACCCUCACUCAGUAUGAAGGCAAACUGAGACUGGUGGAAAUCGCUCAAGUGCCAAAAGCACAUGUUGAUGAGUUCAAGUCUGUAUCAAAAUUCAAAAUAUUUAACACAAACAACCUGUGGAUCUCUCUUGCGGCAGUUAAAAGACUGCAAGAGCAAAAUGCUAUUGAUAUGGAAAUCAUCGUGAAUCCAAAGACUUUGGAUGGAGGCCUGAAUGUCAUUCAGUUAGAAACUGCAGUAGGGGCUGCCAUUAAAAGUUUUGAGAACUCUCUAGGUAUUAAUGUUCCUAGGAGCCGUUUUCUACCUGUCAAAACCACAUCAGAUCUCUUGCUUGUGAUGUCAAACCUCUAUAGCCUUAAUGCAGGAUCUUUGACAAUGAGUGAAAAGAGGGAAUUUCCUACAGUACCCUUGGUUAAAUUAGGCAGUUCUUUUACAAAGGUUCAGGAUUAUCUAAGGAGAUUUGAAAGUAUACCAGAUAUGCUUGAAUUGGAUCACCUCACAGUUUCAGGAGAUGUGACAUUUGGCAAGCAUGUUUCACUAAAGGGAACAGUUAUCAUCAUUGCAAAUCAUGGUGACCGAAUUGACAUCCCACCUGGAGCAGUAUUAGAGAACAAGAUUGUAUCUGGGAACCUUCGGAUCUUGGACCACUGAAAUGAAAAAAAAAAAAAUACUGUGUACACUUCAUACUAAUUAUGGGCUAAACAGUUUCUUAACGAUGAAAUGUUCUCUAGGAUUCUAAAAUUGGCAGGUACUUUACUAUGCUACUGUACCCUGCAGUGUUAAUUUUUAAAGUAGAGUUUGCAAUAUGCUUUUAGUCCAAGAAAAGCACAGUUGGAAGCAAUACUUUUCUUUAAUGAGGAUCCUGAAAGUUCAUCUUAAAGUGCAAUAUUGUUUAAUCUUAAAACUGGGGCAGCUCUGCUGGAACAUCUUUGAACAGAGGCCUCAAUGAUGGUCACUUUGAAUUGCUUGUGAUUUAAAAAAUAAAGCUGUGAGGCAAUCCAUGUGUA